AUGCAGGCCGGCGGGCCGGAAGUGGCGCGGGAGGGGGGGGGGUCCGUCCGCGCCCGCCGCCCCGGCGGAAACGCGAGCGCCGGGAGACGCGUUCCGCCCGGGGCGCAGCGGGGCGCAGGCGGCGGCGGCGGCGGCGGCGGCGGCGGCGGGAUGGAGGCCGGGUCCGAGGCCGCGGCCCCGAGCCGCCUCCCGGCGCUGGCGUCUUCGUGGGCCGCCACCCGCGGGUCCCUGGCCCGGAGCCUCCGCGUCAGCCGGGCGGGCGCGGCCUCGGCCGGGGAGCCGGACUGCGACGAGCUGCUGGCGCCGGCGGCCCCGGGCCAGGACGUGGUGGUGCUGCGCCGCGCCGAGGGGCAGCCCUGCUUCCUGGACGUGCGCUGCCCGCCCGGGGCCGGCGAGGAGCUGCUGGCCGUGGGCGUGCUGAGCUCGGCCCGCAACAUGGAGGUGUACCAGGCCCACGGGUACUGCGGCACCGCCCGGGGCCGGCCCGUGGGCGCCGCGCCCGCCUCCCUGCACAGUGAACAUGAAAAGAUUAUUUUGUACCAAAAACACCUAAAAUUGGAGCCCUCCACACGUGCUUGUAAAAUAAAGCUGCUCUCGCUCGGGGACCGGCCCUGCGUGUGCAUCUGCACUGUUGGGGUACACCUGAGGCAGGUGGUCCCCAAGGCCUCCCCAGACGCCCCGCCGCUGCGCUCCACGACCGACCUGGAGCGUAUCCAGACCCUCGUGGCCACCAUGGGCUCCAAGCUGUCGCCCGGCGCGCAGCAGCUGAUGAGCGUGAUGAAGUUCCAGCAGCAGAACCUUCUGCCCCUCGGAGAGCAGCUGCGGGCUGUCCUGGGGAACGCGGACCCCGACCCGCAGCCCGGCCCGGUCCCUGGCGUGGCUGAGAAGGCCUCCAGCACGCCGUUCCCCUUCAGAGCCGGGCUGGCCUCCACGCACGCCGCCGAGGAGCCGCCUGCGUCCCCGGGCCCAGAGCCAGCCCUGCUGGAGGCCAGCCUGAGAAGGGCCGUGUCCACCCUCCCGCCCAAGAACGCCGGCGUCCACUGCAACGGCCCCGGCCCUGGCCCCGACCUGCUGCCCUUCCUGCAGGACCUGUGCAGCCAAGUCAGCCACCUGCGGGCGGGGCCCAAGGCCAAGUGGCAGGAGCCGCUGCCCGGGGCGCGGGACGGCCUCCCCGGGCUGACGCCGGAGGAGCCGCCCGUGUGCGCGCAGCUGGAGAGGAUCCUGUGCCGGAACCUGGGCCUGCUGGAGAGACAGCUGCGCGCCCACAUCGACGAGCGGCUGCUGCGGCUGCAGGAGCACCUGGACGACAAGCUGGCCGCGCUGCUGGCCGCGCUGCAGAGCCCCGCCUGCCCGCCCGAGCCCGCCUCGCCUGCGCCCGCCGCGCCGCUGCCCCGCUGGGACUCAGGGGAGAAGCUGUCCAACGGGGAGAGGUGAGGGCCCGGCCCGGCCCGGCCCAGAUGCUGCUCAGCCCGUGUGGGUGCCGCGGCCCUCGGCCGGGAGCCAGUUGCCGUGUCCCUGAGUCUCUUCUGUUCCCCGGGAGCGAGCGACCUCAGGGUUUAGUUUCACUGUUUUUCCGUUAUCCGGUACUGUACACUGAAGGUUAACAUGGUAAGGCCAGGAAUUAUUUUUGUUUGCAGUAUUUUUCACUCUUAGGAGAAGUUUACAUAGAACUUCUAGGUGGUUUGAGUGUUGAAAAUUUUUUUAAGAUUUCUAAGGUAUUUCAUUCAUUUGUAUUAUGUGUUUGAUAGAAGUACAUUUUUUUUUUAUUUAUACCAAGUCUUACUCUCUAUUCUUCUCCGUACCAGAAUAAUGUUUAGGAUAUUUUUUUUUUCUAGCUGUUUGUUUUUAGAAAAUCGGGAUUCUAAGAUUUGAAACUUUUAUUCAGAUCACGACUUGCCAGUUUGUAUUUUUUGUCUCCGAAUAAUAAGCAGCCGUGUUUGGCCUGUGUGGCAUUGGCUGUUUCUGUACAGGGUAAAACAGAUAUGACUGUAGAUACCAGAGCUGCCGGGUCCCUGCUGACAGUGAGUGACAACGUGUCUGGUCCUGCCUCCGCCCCGGAGGGUUGAGGUUUUGCUUCUCCCAGCAGACCCAGCCGUCUGGGCAGAGCCUGCCGGGCUCUGGGCAGGUGAGCUGCUGAGGCCUAGGCAUCCAGGAGCUGGUGGGGCCGAAUCUUCUAGAACCCGUAGCUCUUGUGUUUGUAGGGAAGAAUGACAUGGUUUUGUUUUUUUGUUGUUGUUGUUUGGGGUCACACCCAAGAUACCCAGGGGGUACUCCUGGUGCUGCGAUGAGGAAUUAAUUACUGGCCGUGCUCAGGGACUGUACGGAUUCCCAGUCGGCUCCAUGCAAGGCAUAUGCGCUGCCGGCUGUACUGGUCCCUAAGGGCGAGAUGUUGGCAUUUAAGAAAUGAAAGCAUCGGGCCAGGGCUGCGGUGUCGCCGUGGUGCGCUCCGCUUUCCCUGUCUGGGUUCCCCAGCUCCGAUCUGGCACCAGAAAAA